AUGCCUGAUGAUAGCAGCUUUGAGCUGUUCAGCUCUGUGCGGUAUGAUGAUGCCUUGAGAGACUUACCUCAAAAGUCGGCAUUUGCCUAUGGCGGAUGGAAUACAAGGCAGUCUUCGCCCUUUUACAUGCUGGACUUUCACCGGGAUCGCCUUCUCCGAGCUGCAGAGCAUUGGGAAUGGGAGGAUGCCGCAGCAACCAUCACCGGGGACGAUGGCUUGCAAAGGCUGGAGCGCGUCCUUCAGAGCUCGGUUGAUGGCCAUACACUAAAUAAUGGCGAUGGGCCUCUGCGGUGCCGCGUCGCCCUAAACAUGAAUGGCAGGUUGCACUGCAGUGUAUUUGCGGCACAAGAAACGGCGCUCGUCGGGCUCGUCCCGCCACAGCUUCCACCACCUGGGUUUAUGGCUAGUUCCUGCGACGGUAAGGGAGAGACACAGUUGUUGUUCCCGCUGUUGCGGUCAUUGCGGUCAGAGUUGGGACCUCAGCCGUACGAGGUAUCGAUCGAUUUGGACGGCAUUGCAGCUUCUGCGUAUACACACUACAAGACAACUCGGCGACAGAUGUAUGAUGACGCUCGUCAGCGGGCAGGAAUAACCGGUCCUGAACAGAAGGAAGUGCUCUUAAUCAAUGCAGAAUCCGGGAUGAUCAUGGACGGCAGCAUCAGUACGGUAUACUUUUGGCGUCAUGGCCGCUGGGUAACACCUCCAGUUCCCUCAAUAUACGACCGAGAUGCUGGUAGUGGUGGUCUGGAUGGGACCACACGAAGAUGGGCUCUUGAACAUAGGCUUGCUGUGCAGGAAGAGGUCAAGGCUGCAUCAGUGCUUGAUGGUGAAGAAUGCUGGUUGAGUAACGGCGUUCGAGGAUUUCUGUAUGGUAAAAUCAAGAUUUUGUAG